GGUGGCAGCUUUGUGCUUUAUAGUGUCUUCCUCCUGGGAGGGCUGGAAGGUUGGGACGUUCUUGCUGUCCCAGAGUGGAGGCGAAGGUCUGGGAGUGUUUCGAGGAGAAGGGGAGGACAGCCGGGAGGCGUGUUCCCCUGGAGUUUUCUUUUUCUUGCAAGCCUUCGCGCGCGCGCGCGCGUACAGUCAUCCCUUUAGUCUGGCGAUUGCGGACGGGCGGUGGAGAGGCUCCGUCCCACUCGGUGGCCGGAGGCUGGAGGCUCGGGAAGACCUCCCCGGAGGAGCCGUGCCCAGGAAGCUUUCCGAAGCGGAGGCAGCUGUGCUUCCCGGGCUGCCGCGGCGUGGGAGCCGGGGACAGCCACCACCCACCCUCGCCGGCUCCGCUUCCUCCCGCCCAGGCGCGGCGCGCGGACCGGGCAGCUGUUUGAGCCCGCCGAGCUCCACGGUGAAAAAAAAAAAAAAGCAAGUGUAUAAAGGAAAGGUAGUAAGAGACAUUUCCUCAAAUUUGCAUCACGAUGGAAACCUUUUGCCUCAAGGUGUCCUUCUGGGUAGCGCUGGUUGGAUGUGUGAUCAGUGAUAAUCCUGAAAGCUACAGCACAAACCUAAGUACUCCAGUGGAUGAUUUCACCACUUUUCGUGGGACAGAGCUCAGCUUCCUCGUUACCACUCAUCGACCCACUAAUUUGGCCCUACCUAGCAAUGGCUCAAUGCACAGCUAUUGCCCACAGCAGACUAAGAUUACUUCAGCUUUCAAAUACAUUAACACUGUGAUAUCUUGUACUAUUUUCAUCGUGGGAAUGGUGGGGAAUGCAACUCUGCUCAGGAUCAUUUACCAGAACAAGUGUAUGAGGAAUGGCCCCAACGCGCUGAUAGCCAGCCUUGCCCUUGGAGACCUUAUCUAUGUGGUCAUUGAUCUCCCUAUCAAUGUGUUUAAGCUGCUGGCUGGGCGCUGGCCUUUUGAUCACAAUGACUUUGGCGUAUUUCUUUGCAAGCUGUUCCCCUUUUUGCAGAAGUCCUCGGUGGGGAUCACCGUCCUCAAUCUCUGCGCUCUCAGUGUUGACAGGUACAGAGCAGUUGCCUCCUGGAGUCGUGUCCAGGGAAUUGGGAUUCCCUUGAUCACUGCCAUUGAGAUCGUCUCCAUCUGGAUCCUUUCUUUUAUCCUGGCUAUCCCUGAAGCUAUCGGCUUCGUCAUGGUGCCCUUUGAAUACAGGGGUGAACAGCACAAAACCUGUAUGCUCAAUGCCACAUCAAAAUUCAUGGAGUUUUACCAAGAUGUGAAAGACUGGUGGCUCUUCGGGUUCUAUUUCUGCAUGCCCUUGGUGUGCACUGCAAUUUUCUACACCCUCAUGACCUGUGAGAUGUUAAACAGAAGGAACGGAAGCUUGAGAAUUGCCCUCAGUGAACACCUUAAACAGCGUCGAGAAGUGGCAAAAACAGUUUUCUGCUUGGUAGUAAUUUUUGCUCUUUGCUGGUUCCCUCUUCACUUAAGCCGUAUUUUGAAGAAAACCGUGUAUGAUGAGAUGGACAAGAACCGAUGUGAAUUACUUAGUUUCUUGCUGCUCAUGGAUUACAUCGGUAUUAACUUGGCAACCAUGAAUUCAUGUAUAAACCCAAUAGCUCUAUACUUUGUGAGCAAGAAAUUUAAAAAUUGUUUCCAGUCUUGCCUCUGCUGCUGCUGUUACCAGUCCAAAAGUCUGAUGACCUCGGUCCCCAUGAAUGGAACAAGCAUACAAUGGAAGAACCAUGAACAGAACAACCACAACACAGAGAGGAGCAGCCAUAAGGACAGUAUUAACUAAACAGCUUAAGAAAUAUUAAUCAAUAUUCCUUCAAAGUCUGUUGAAGAGAAAAAAAAUCACGCAGCAACUGUGUUUCCAGAAAUCUUUUCUCCAAGUCUUCUCCCAUGAUGCAACCCCAACCCCAGAAAAAUGCUUUCCAAAACAUCAGAGGGUGGACUGGUUUAUAGUCACAAAUUCAAUGAAUCUUUCUUCUUUAAUUUAUCUAAUUUACAUAUUCUGCAUGUUAUAUUCAGCACCAAAAAAUGUUGGGAGUUAGCAGGGAGAAAGGAGACUGUUCAAUUAAACCAGAAGGAUAUUUGCUACUUUUGCAUGAAAAUAGAGUCUCCGAGUACUUAACAGCUUCCAUGGCAGUUCUGUGGAAUGUUCCAUGAGAACUGGUCAUAAUGAAAAUUUUGCAAUCUUGACAAGGUUUUCUUUUUUUUAACUGGCCAAAGACAGUAAGAUGAGGAAUUAGGUUAAUGUUUUUCAUGUCACUUUUUGUAUUUUUAAAACAUCAAUUCUCAAGCUGCAACAAAUACAGCCACUUAAAGCACAGACUGAUAUCCACAUGUGGCAGUUUAAUAGCUGCUAUUCAAAGAAUUGUUAAGAACCUAUAUAUAUAUAUAUAUAUAUAUAUAUAUAUUUUUUAAUGGUGUUUCAUUACAGGAGAUCUGGAGCAUAUUUUUAUGUUAAAUUUUAAAAUAAUGCUUGAAUCAAAUAAUUCUAUUUUUCGCAAGCCCAAUCUUUUUAAAAUGUAGAUAUUUUGUGUAAAACCAAUGCCAUGUACCAAAAUGUAAAUGUACAAAUCAUUCAACUAUACCCAAGACUUUCAGUGGAAUGUAUUGAAGUCUAAAGCACACUUCAUAGAAAAAGAUUGAAUCUUUUUUGAAGAUUUGCAAAUUUUCACUGAGACUUUGUUUUUUUGGUCAUAGUAACAUGUGUGUGUGUGUAUGUGCAUAUAGAUGUACAUAUACAUAUAUGUAUAAUGUAUAUAGAUGUAGACAUAUCUAUAUACAUUAUACACAUCACCUCAUAUUCUCUUGAUUUCUCUUAAAAUGUUAACUGGCAGUAAGACUUUUUUGGUCAUUCCCUUUUCCAUAUAAGAAACAAUUUCAAGGUGGCCAACUGAGUUUACCAUGUCAGUGAAAUAUAAUUAUCCCCAAAGGCCACCAUGAACUUACGGUUCUUCACUUCCCUGGGUUUCCAGUAUGAAUCGAAACACCUCCCCCACCCCUGCUCCUCACAUGGUCACCAUUUCAAAGGGCCCACAGUGACUUUUGCUGGGCAUUUUCCAAGAUGUUUACAGACUGUGAGUACGGCAAAAAACCUUUUACUGUGUGUAUAUAAAUAUAUAUAAACAACUGUACAUUUCUUUUAGCCAAUUUUUCUGUGAUUGUCUUUAUGGAAUAUACUUGUGUGUGUGAUAUAUGCAUGUGUGUGACAGUAUGUAUGGACUUAAUGAAAUCUAAUAAUAAUGCCCUGUAGUUGUACUACAGCACACACUCUGAGUGGGUGGAAUCUAGUGGUUGUUCAUCAUGACAACUGGCCUUAGUUUUAAUAUAUCUGUGUUCACAAUCCUUGUGACCAUGUUGCCAUUACAAAUGGAAUAUGAGAGGCAGCAUGAAAGAGGAUGCACCAUGGGUUGACAAUAGGGUUUGUUUAAUUGGUUGGUUGGUUGGUUGGUUGGUUGGUUGGUUGGUUGGUUGGUUUGAUAAAACAGUAUUUGGGGUUAUACUUUUUCCUGUGCUAGAGCAAAAAUCAUUCAAUUUUGAAGUAGUAUAUUGUCCUGGUUCCUCAACUCAAUGUGCUGAUGAGACUGACAAGAGGUCUGAUGUUUCUAUCAGACUUCACCAGAUAGAUUGCUGAUGAUAAAUUACCUAAGCUGAUUUUUUGGGCUAUAUUUUAGCAUAGUCAUGUAUAAAAUGAUAUCAGGUUCCAGCUUGUGCCAUUGCAGGCCUCCUCUAUGUGUGAGCAGUCAAAUUCCGUUACUAUACUGGUGAAUCACAUACAGUGAUAUAUACCUAUAAUAUAAGCCAUAGUUCACAUCGUUUUGUUUAGACAAUUGUCUUCUUUUUAAAGAUAUUUUGUCUCUUGCAUAUUAAAAAUGCAUUUUAUAAGUUCAGAGAGUCAUAGAUUUCUGAAUAAAACACAGACUUCAAUGUGCAUUUUAUUUAUGGACCAGUAAGUAACCAUGAUUUACUAACAGGAAUAGUUCCAAUUUCUACCUUUACCACAUCUUUCCAAGUAGAUAUGUAGAAAUGAGCCAGAAGCCAAGGCCCCUGCAUUGGCAGUGGCCCAUAAGUAUAAAAUAAAAGUUUACAGAAGA